AUGUUCCAAGAGACGGAGCGAGUCAUCAUUAAACAAGCACAGCUUGAUUCCUUUUAUUUGGAGAUAAAAUGUCUACGUGAUGGUAAAGGACUCAACUCCAGUAGCCCACUCCUACCACUCUCACCUUACCUUGAUGAACAUGGCAUUCUUAGAAUAGGAGGCCGACUUAACAGAUCCAAGGAUCUCGCGAGCGGCGAGGUUAACCCCGUGAUCGUGCCCAAAGGACACCACAUUGCUACCUUGCUUAUCCAUCACUACCACAGCUCCGUUCAACAUCAGGGAAGAACAUUCACGGAAGGAGCACUGAGAGCAGCUGGCUUCUGGAUCAUUGGAGGGAAAAGGUUGAUCUCGUCCCUGUUGCGUAUCUGUGUCAAAUGCAAGAAACUAAGAGGAAAGGUCGAACAUCAGAAAAUGUCGGAUCUUCCACCUGACCGUAUGACCCCAAGUCCUCCCUUCACAUAUGUGGGAGUUGACGCAUUUGGGCCGUGGUCGGUGACCACACGACGCACUAGAGGUGGAGCGGCCAACUCUAAAAGAUGGGCAAUAAUGUUCUCUUGCCUUGUCGCCAGGGCAGUGCACGUCGAGGUGGUGGAAGAACUCUCUUCGGCCUCAUUCAUCAACUCGCUUAGGCGAUUCAUGGCACUUCGUGAACCAGUCAAGGUAUUCCGGUCGGACUGUGGCACAAACUUCGUCGGGGCAACAGGUGAACUAGGUAUGUGCACAGUAAACGUAGAGGAUAAUGACAUCCAGAGCUUUCUUCUCGAACACAGGGUUGUGUGGAAGUUCAACCCUCCCCACGCCUCUAACAUGGGAGGGGCCUGGGAGAGGAUGAUUGGCCUUGUCAGGAGGAUCUUAGACUCGAUGUUGCGCGAGGUUCAAGGGAAACCACUUACCCAUGACGUUUUGUGCACACUUAUGGCAGAAGUGUGUGCCAUCAUAAACAGCAGGCCUAUCACGCCUGUCUCAAGUGACCCUGAUUCACCAAGCAUACUGUCUCCGAACACGCUUCUAACUCAGAAAGUGAAGCAGGAUGUGGCGCCCUUUGAGGAACUCCAACUUCAGGAUAUGUAUAAAUCUCAGUGGAAGCAGGUGCAGGUGUUAGCCAAUCAGUUCUGGAAAAGGUGGAGGGGCCAGUACCUUCAGAAUCUUCAGUCACGGCCAAAAUGGAAGCAAGAACGCAAAAACCUCCAGGAAGGAGAUGUGGUUCUGUUGACGGAAUCCUGUGUCUCUCGCAACCAGUGGCCUGUCGGUCUUGUCGAGAAGAUAUUUCCUAGUUCAGACAGCCUAGUGAGGAAAGCAGCAGUUCGUGUGAUGCGAGACUCCGGACCAGCGACUUACUUCCGUCCAGUUACGCAAUUAGUGCUUUUGUGUUCAGAAUGA